UCAGGACUAUUUUGAAAUCGGAAGUGAGCAUCACUGCUGAGUCAAUUUCCCGCCCCCCUUCCCCCCAUUUCUAGGGUUGGUAUGCUACACCAUCCCCGGACCAUUCCUCUUCUUCAUUAGGGUGAACAACUUGUGUUCGCCAUUUCCGGCGAGGAUGCACAUCAAGGAGAUAUCCCUGGAGGGUUUCAAAUCGUACGCGACGAGGACUGUUGUUUCAGGCUUUGACCCCUUUUUCAACGCGAUCACGGGGCUAAACGGCUCCGGGAAGUCCAACAUCCUCGACUCCAUCUGCUUCGUGCUUGGGAUCACCAACCUCCAGCAAGUACGCGCCACCAAUCUCCAGGAACUUGUCUACAAGCAGGGACAGGCCGGCAUUACUAAGGCUACCGUCUCCGUUAUUUUUGACAACUCUGACCGGAGUCGAAGCCCUUUAGGUUACGAGGGCUGCUCUGAGAUAACUGUCACAAGGCAGAUUGUAGUUGGCGGAAGAAACAAAUACCUUAUUAAUGGGCACCUUGCUCAGCCCUCUCGAGUGCAGACACUUUUUCAUUCUGUGCAGCUUAAUGUCAACAAUCCACAUUUUCUCAUAAUGCAAGGGCGCAUAACUAAAGUGCUAAACAUGAAACCACCUGAAAUUCUAUCCAUGCUUGAAGAGGCUGCUGGUACAAAAAUGUAUGAAAUGAAAAAAGAAUCUGCUUUAAAGACUCUUGAGAAGAAACAAAGCAAAUUGGAUGAGAUGGAUAAACUCCUUGACCAGGAAAUUCUUCCUUCUCUUGAGAAGCUCAGAAAGGAGAGGAUGCAGUACAUGCAAUGGGCCAAUGGCAAUGCAGAAUUGGAUUGUCUUAAAAGGUUUUGCAUUGCUUAUGAAUAUGUGCAGGCAGAAAAAGUGCGAGAUGGUGCAGUAAGUGGAGUUGCACAGAUAAAGAUUAAAAUUGCUGAACUUGAUGAUAGAACAGAAAGAUCAAGAAGAGAUAUUGAAGUGAUGGAGAGUAAUUUGUCUAAUUUGAUUUCUGAUAAAGAAGCAAAGUUAGGUGGUGAGGUAAGGAAGCUGUCACUGACUGUAGAUGAACUUUCUCGUUGUUUGGUGAAGGAGACUUCAAUAAUGUCCAACCAAGAAGAAUCAUUGAGGUCAGAAGAAAAUGCUGCCAAGAAGAUUAGCAAGAAUAUCGAUGAUCUCAAACGAUCAAUUAUUGAGAAAGAUUUUGCUGUUCAUAAAGUUGAGAGUGGAGCAGCUGAUCUAAAGGAGAGAGUUGAAGAGUUAUCAAAAAAUUUGGAUGAUUGUGAGAAAGAAUACCAGGGUGUACUAGCUGGCAAAAGCAGCAUAAACGAGGACAAAUGUCUGGAAGAUCAGCUAAGAGAUGCAAAAGUUUCAGUUGGAAACUGUGAAACUGAACUGAAGCAGUUAAAAACCAAAACUAGCCAUUUAGAUAAAGAACUUAAAACAAAAAGGGCACAGUUGAAAUCAAAAUGUGAUGAGGCUGCUGCUGUAGAAAAAGAGCUCAGUGAUAGGAAGAAAGAUCUUGACAGCAUUAAGUCUGCAUUGGAAUCUAUUGGAUGUGAAGAAGGCGAGAUGGAGGCUCUUCAAAAGGACCGUUCUGUGGAGCUUGAGGCUAUUCAGAAGCUGAAAGAUGGAAUUCGCAUUCUUUCAGGUCAACUUGCAAAUGUCGAGUUCAGUUAUCGUGAUCCUGUUAAAAACUUUGAUCGGUCAAGCGUGAAGGGGGUGGUUGCGAGGUUGAUUAAAAUAAAAGACAGGUCUACUAUGACUGCUUUAGAGGUGGCUGCUGGGGGCAAGCUGUUUAAUGUUGUUGUCGACACAGAAAGCACUGGGAAACAGCUGCUCCAAAAUGGAGAACUUCGAAGAAGAGUAACAAUUAUACCAUUAAACAAAAUCCAAUCUCAUAUUGUUCCUACAAGGGUUCAGCAAUCUGCUGCUAGCCUGGUUGGUGAGCAUAAUGCAGAACUGGCACUCCUUUUGAUAGGAUAUGAUGAUGAAGUUAAGAAUGCCAUGGCUUAUGUGUUUGGAUCAACAUUUGUUUGUCGAAGCACUAAUGCAGCAAAAGAGAUUGCCUUCAAUCGAGAUAUCGGAACUACAAGUGUGACUCUUGAAGGUGACAUAUUUCAACCUAGUGGACUUCUAACUGGUGGUAGUCGCAAGGGUGGAGGCGAGCUUUUAAGGCAGCUUCAUGAAUUAGCUGAAAAAGAUUCAGAGCUUUGUGUUCGUCAAAAUAGGUUGUCAGAAAUUGAUGGCAAGAUCACGAAACUUUUGCCUCUCCACAAAAGGUUCAUGCAUUUUAAAUCACAAUUGGAGCUGAAAUCAUAUGAUCUUUCUCUCUUCCAGAGUAGAGCUGAACAGAAUGAGCACCAUAAGCUUGGUGAGCUGGUUAGAAAAAUUGAACAAGAGAUUGAAGAAACAAAGCUGUAUGGAGAACAAAAGCAACAUCUGCUAGAAAACUAUGUUUCCAAUGUUCAAGAACUUGAAAAAUUGAUCAGAGAACACGCUACACAUCGUGAGAGUAUGCUUAAGGAACUUGACAAAAGAAUAAAGGUCUUAAAAGCUGAUUUGCAGUCCGCUUCAAAGCAAAUGAAGUGUCAUGAAAAUGAAAAGGAGAGGCUUAUCAUGGAAAAAGAUGCAAUUAUCCAAGAACUUGCCUCAUUGGAAAUCCAAUUAUCUUCCUCGGAGAAACAGAUUGUUUCUCUCACUGAAGCACUGGAUAAACAAAAAUUAGUGGUCAGUUCCAUAAAAAAGGAACACAUUCAAGCUGAAUCUGAGUUGCAAGAGAUUUAUUCCAAGAUGAAAGAAUGUGAUAGCCAGAUUAGCAAAAUUUCAAAAGAGCAGCAGAAGCUUCAGCAGCAACAAAGUGAUGCAAAUGUAGAAAGAAAGAAACUAGAAAAUGAGGUAAAACGCAUGGAAUUGGAACAAAAAGAUUGCUCUGUGAGAGUUGAUAGACUGCUUGAAAAGCAUGGGUGGAUUACUGCUGAGAAACAGCUAUUUGGUAAGAGUGGAACUGACUAUGAUUUCUCCUCGCGUGACCUUAACAGCGCCAAGGAGGAAUAUGAAAAGCUGCAAUCUGAACAGGCUAGUCUUGAAAAGAGGAUCAACAAGAAGGUUAUUGCAAUGUUUGAGAAAGCAGAAGAAGAAUACAACUCUUUAAUUUUGAAGAAGAACAUAAUUGAGAAUGAUAAGGCUAAGAUUAAAAAGGUGAUUGAAGAGCUAGAUGAAAAAAAGAAGGAAACACUUAAAGUAACCUGGGUCAAAGUGAACAAGGAUUUUGGGUCUAUUUUCAGUACACUUUUGCCAGGUACUAUGUCUAUGCUUCAACCUCCAGAGGGAUGCAGUUUUCUAGAUGGCCUUGAGGUCCGUGUUGCAUUCGGAAGUGUUUGGAAGCAAUCCCUUUCAGAAUUGAGUGGAGGCCAGCGAUCCCUUCUUGCUCUUUCUCUUAUUCUAGCCUUGCUCCUUUACAAGCCUGCUCCUCUUUAUAUAUUAGACGAGGUGGAUGCCGCUCUUGAUUUAAGCCACACCCAGAACAUUGGAAGAAUGAUUAAAGCUCAUUUUCCCCAUUCUCAGUUCAUUGUUGUUUCUUUGAAGGAGGGAAUGUUCAACAACGCGAACGUUCUAUUUCGGACCAAAUUUGUUGAUGGAGUUUCCACAGUUUCAAGAACUGUAGCCUCAAAGCAGAAAUAAUUAUCUUAUCGUUAUUUGCUAGUAAGUGUAUAAUUUUAUCGUGAUAUGAUAUGUUCAGGGCUAUUUAUACUUCGCCUACAUCUUCGAUCAGCAAGAUGUCGCUUUAUCAUUUUGGAACUUUUAAUAUUUUUUGAAUGUAUCUUAUUAUGUAUUAUGUGCUAUGUGGCAUAUUUGUUGUUG